UGUCAAGCUUUCAAUCUCGUCGGCAAUGGCGGUAGCGAAGUAGCCCGCCAUGGGAGUUCAAGGUCUCUGGGAGUUGCUUGCCCCCGUCGGGCGCCGGGUCUCGGUUGAAACCCUAGCCGGAAAGACACUCGCAAUCGAUGCGAGCAUUUGGAUGGUCCAGUUCAUGAUGGCGAUGAGGGAUGAGCGAGGCGAGAUGGUGCGCAAUGCGCACGUUCUUGGAUUCUUUCGCCGCAUCUGCAAGCUUCUCUUUCUUCGCACCAAGCCGAUCUUUGUCUUUGAUGGUGGUACUCCGGCGCUUAAGCGCCGGACUGUCGCCGCUCGCCGCCGCCAUCGUGAGAAUGCCCGUGCUAAGAUCCGCAAGACCGCGGAGAAGCUUCUCAUCAAUCAUCUCAAGGUGAAGAGAUUGGAGGAGCUGGCUGUGGAGAUCAAGAACAGCAGGGCUAAGGAUGAAUCCAAGGGGAAGCAGGUUGAGGUGGAUCAUGGAAGCGGGUUAAAAGGAAGUAGUUCGAAGAAGAACGCGAAAGAUGGUAUUGGGAACGCUAACCAGGAAGCUCUUGACGAGUUGUUGGCAGCAUCACUUGCAGCCGAAGAGGAGGGGAAAUUUAAUAGCAACGCAUCAGCUUCUGGUGUGGAUGCCUUUGAGGAGGGAGUAGAUGAGGAUGAUGAGAAUGAAGAAAUGUUAUUUCCAGCAAUGAGUGGCAAAAUCGAUCCAGCUGUAUUAGCUUCACUGCCUCCAUCUAUGCAGUUAGAUCUUCUUGUCCAGAUGAGAGAAAGACUUAUGGCUGAAAACAGGCAGAAGUAUCAAAAAAUUAAGAAGGCCCCCGCAAAAUUUUCAGAGCUACAAAUUCAAUCUUACCUGAAAACUGUUGCUUUCCGCCGGGAGAUAGAUGAAGUACAAAAAUGUGCUGCUGGAAGGGGGGUAGGAGGUGUGCACACUUCCAGGAUAGCUUCAGAAGCUAAUAGAGAAUUCAUAUUUUCAUCAUCAUUUACUGGUGACAAACAGAUUUUGACAUCUGCGGCCAAUGGGAUGAAAGAGAACAUGAGGCCAAUGGCGCAAAACAAUGCAACUUCUUCAGAUCCAGUACUACCUAAUUCUGCUUCUAAACAAUCUAGUUCUGUUAUGGGGGCAUGCAUUGCUGAACCUAUAAGUGAUUUUGUGAAUGAUGUUGAGACGUACCGAGAUGAGUGUGGGCGUGUUCGAGUUAGCAGAGUUAGAGGCAUGGGUAUUAAUAUGACUCGUGAUUUGCAACGGAAUUUGGAUUUGAUGAAAGAAUAUGAACAGGAGAAGAAUUCUAGGAACAUAUGCAAUGGUCCUACACCUAACUCAGACCAAGGGAUACCUAAAGCCCCAAAAGACAUUUCUGAAAUCAAUCCUUCCCCAAAAGCUUGUGCAGGUUCUGACACUGCCGUAACUGAAGCGGGAAGCAUUUUAGCCUCCACACAAGGUGAGAUUCAUCAUGUUGAUGAGCCAUCUGUUCUUGCAAGCAAAACAACAAUUGAGAUAUCUUUCUUGGAAGAUGAAAUUGAGAAGCAUGAUGCAGACCACAAUCUGUUUUUUCAGUUAGUUUCCGGAAGUUCUGCAUUAGAAACAAAUUCUGUGUGUGUUCCAUCAGGCAAAAAUAUCUGUGAUUCUGCUGAUUGCAUGUGGGAGGAAGGAGUGGUCAAGGAAAAUGCUGGAAGUCGGACAGACAGUACGAAGAAACAAAGCCGACCUUUUUCAGCAGAAGAGAUUUCAGUUGAGGAAGAUGAUGUUGAAUGGGAGGAAGGUACCUGCCAGGGUCCUACUGGUGCCACAGAUGGCCUGAUCGAACAUAGAAGUCGUAUCUCAAGGGGUUUUUUGGAGGAAGAAGCUGAUGUCCAGGAAGCAAUAAAGAGAAGUCUUGAAGAUUUAGGAAGACAGAAGCCUUUAAUCAUUUCUUCUGAGGUUCAAAUAUCAAACACAAACAGGCAGGUACAAAAUAACCUGAAGUGCAGUUUUUCACCCAGUUUUGCUGUGGGUGGACAUGGAAAACAUAAUGCUUGCCAAAUGGGCAUUGUGCAGACCAGGAGCUCUCUGGAGAUGCAUCAAGCUUCGCCUGCUGCAUCAGAAGCUCGAUCUGUAAAUGAUGAAAUGAAGUCCAAUGCUGAAAUUAUUGAAGAACCAGUGGUUGUUAGUGAGAUUAUGGAAACAUUAUGUACUGAUGAUGUACCAAAGAUACAAUCAGUUGAAGGUCAGGUAACAUUGGACACAGAAUGCAUGAAUAUUUCCAAGCAUGGUUCAACUUCCAACGCAUUUGCAGAGCUUGAGCCUAGUCCUAAUGCAGAUCAAGAAACCAUAGGCAAUACACCUGUCAUUGUUCUUGCUGAUUGUCAAUAUAAUGAUCUGCAAGAUUCUCUUAAAAGAAAUGAGAAUGCAGGUUUUCAAAAGAACUCGCCACUGGAAACCUUUACAGAGACUGCUGUACACAUGGAUGUUGAGCGACAAAAUCAAGAAAAAAUCAUUAAUGACAUGCCUUCCAAUAAAGAAAAGCACUAUGAAGAUAAAUUCAUGGCACAGGAGCAUUUGAAUGAUAAUUUAGAAUUCUCGGAAGCUAGUUUGGAUGAAGAAAUUUCUAUCCUUAGACAAGAACGUCUAAAUCUUGGUGAUAAGCAAAGAACGCUUGAGAGAAAUGCAGAAUCUGUCAGUAGCGAAAUGUUUGCGGAGUGCCAGGAGUUGCUUCAAAUGUUUGGUUUGCCUUAUAUCAUUGCACCAAUGGAAGCAGAGGCUCAGUGUGCGUACAUGGAAAUGACCAAACAAGUGGAUGGCGUCAUAACUGAUGAUUCAGAUGUGUUCUUGUUUGGUGCUCGCAAUGUCUACAAGAAUAUAUUUGAUGACAAGAAAUAUGUCGAAACAUAUUUCAUGAAGGAUAUUGAGAGUGAGCUUGGAAUGACUAGAGAGAAGUUGAUCCGGAUGGCCUUGCUUCUGGGGAGUGAUUAUACGGAGGGUGUCAGUGGAAUUGGCAUUGUCAAUGCGAUUGAGGUUUUACAAGCAUUUCCUGAGGAAGAUGGCCUUCAAAAGUUCAGGGAAUGGCUUGAGUCUCCUGAUCCGUCUAUUUUAGGACAAUUUGGUUCUUAUACUGGUAGCAAAUCCAUGAAAAGAUCCUCUAAAAACAGCAAUAGUAAUGUGGAUGAAUUGACAGACAACAGUGAAGAAUCUGCUUGUGAAGAGAGUGGUUUAAGGAACCAUGGUCAAGUUGCUGACAAUGGCAUUCCAGAUGUUAAAAACAUCUUCAUGAAUAAGCAUAGAAAGGUGAGCAAAAAUUGGCAUAUACCUUCAUCUUUUCCAAGUGAAUCAGUUGUAUCUGCUUACACUUCACCUCAAGUUGAUGAAUCACUGGAAUCUUUUUCAUGGGGAAGGCCCGAUUUGUUUUUACUUCGCAAGUUGUGCUGGGAAAAGUUUGGUUGGGGUAGUCAGAAGGCUGAUGAAUUGCUUGUGCCUGUUCUCAAGGAGUAUGACAAACAUGAGACUCAACUAAGACUGGAAGCGUUUUACUCUUUCAACGAAAGGUUUGCAAAAAUACGCAGCCAGCGAAUUAAGAAGGCUGUAAAAGGAAUCACUGGGUCUUCUGAGUUGACAGGUGAUAUUGUCCAAGAAGGUUCUGAAUCAAGGAAAGGGAAAAGGACUUCUAGAGCCAAGGAACCAAAACACAAGAACCAAUUAGAUGGUGGAACUAACAAUGAAUGCAUGGAACCUUUAGAAACAUCACUAUCAGAGGAUAAAGCAGGGGAACCACCUAUUCCAGGCCAUGGUCGAGAAGUUGCUGAAAGUGGAAUGACUGCAAAUAUUAGAGGAAGAGGGAGAGGAAGCGUCAGCAAAAGUGGAGGGGGGAGAGGAGCGAAAGCAAGAGGACGAAGUAAGCUGAAGAAGAAGACAGAACCUUUCAAGGGAAGUUCAAGUGAUGCUUCUGAUGAUGCAGAUGAUGCUGGUGGCCAGAACAAGAAACAGAAUGAUACAUUUGGGCUGCGGAGAUCGUUGCGACAGCGGAAGCAUGUACAAAUAUGCAGACGAGACUCCUGGAGCUGUUAACAGUGCUGAUGUUGUGGAUGCCUCAAACACAAUUGUAGCUGAUCAUAAAUCUAUUGAGAGUUCUUUUUCACUCGAUAGGAAAGAUGGGAAUCCAGAUUCCGCUGAGGAUUAUUCACCUAAAGAUUACCUGCUUAGUGGAGGUGGUUUCUGCAUUGAUGAAAGUGACCAAAAUGGUGAUGCUGUUAACCCAACAAACCUGCAGACAGAUUCAACUAAAAUUUCUGGCAGCAGUCUUGAAAUUGCACAACCUGCCAGUCUGCAGGGUUUGCUGGGCCAAGAUGAUCCUAAAGCUGAUCCCAUUGAAGUCACCCAAGUACCUGCACUAGUUCAAAAUGAUUAUCCCCAUCCAGAACAAGAUGUGGGGCAGCGUGAGGCAAGGCCAGGCUUGAGUGCGAUGCCUUCACUGAAACGCAAAAGAAGAAAAACCUAAGCAAAGUUCUUGGGGAUCUCAUAACACUGUCUAACAACUCCAUUUUUGUGUAAAUUUGUUUUUCAUACCAGUAGAACAUUAGGCAAAUUUGCAGCUCUGCUCUUAUAGGUGUAAUUUAUAAUGUUUAUACAGAUGAAAAUUUUGGGAAGAUA